AUGGAUGAUUUAUUUAAUUUAAAAGGUGAAGAUAAUAGUAAUAAUAUAGAGGAUGACUAUGAAGAGAUCUCAUUUACAGAUUCAAAUACAAAUAAAUUCAAAAAUACCAACAAUAAUAACAAUAGAAAUUUUUAUAGUAACAAUAACAAUAAUAAUAAUACAUUUUCAUUUAAUAGUAAUAAUAUAGAUGAUGAAGAUUAUGAAAAUUAUUUCAUUUCAAAUAACACACCAACUGCCACAACAACAAAUACUACCACCACCACUACUUCAUCUAACAUAAACAAUGACAUAAAUUUUCAUUUUAAUUUUGACGUUUAUGAUAAUUCAACUGUUCAUAUUAAUAAUAAAACAUUAUCUUCCAUUGAUAAUCUUUCUGCUAGUAAUAAUAAUAUUAUUAAUAAUAUUUCGUCAAAUUUUAGUAAUAUAAAUUUUAAUGAUAAUAUUGAAAAUAAUAAUACUACUAAUAAUAAUACCACCACAAAUAAUGUACAUAGUUUUCAUGACUACGAUGAAAGUUUAUUAAGUAAUUUUAAUAAUAAUAAUAAUAGUUUUAAUAAUAAUAAUAAUAAUAAUAAUAAUAAUAAUAAUAGUAAUAAUAAUAAUAAUAAUAAUAAUAAUAAUAAUAAUAAUAAUAAUACCACCAUAUCACCUACUACAACCACUACCACUACCAAUACUGCAACCACUUCGACACCAAUUAAUUCAAAUACAAAUAGUUAUAAUUAUAAUAGUAAUGGUGUUGAUUUAUUAAAUAAUACUUUUGCAAAUAGUAUGCCAGGUGAUAAUAGUUUAAGUAAUAGUGGUUUAUUUGAUGAACCAUCUUCAGUUUUACCAAAAACAACAACUACAACAACAACUUCUACUUCAACAACAGGUGUAACAAAUGGACAACAAAAUGUUGGUAAAAUUCCAUCAUCAACAUCAUCAUCAUCAAUAUUUCAAAGUUUUAGUUCAAUUAAACAUGCAAUUUUAAAUACAUCAACAGCCAAUGGAUUAUUAAAUUUUAGUACAGAUAAAUUUUGGAAAGAUUUAGGUGAGGAUCCAUUAUUGAAUCAAGACCAAGCACCAGAAUUUGAAAAAUAUUUAAGAUUAGGUGAAGACAUACCACAAUAUGCAUGGGCAAGAAGAUUAGAUAACAAUUAUCCAGAGCAUAAACAUUUUCAAGUUUCAAUGUGGCAAGGAUUGAAAUUGGUUGGUAUGGGAUAUAGAAUGUGGAAAUAUGUAAAGAAAGAAACUUCCUCUGGAAGAGUACCAAUUAUGGAUCCAUUCAAUCUACCAAAACCUGGUCCAAUCAUGGGUGUACCCAUUGGUGGUAUUGGUAGUGGUAGUAUUAAUCGUGGUUGGAAAGGUGAUUUCGUUAGAUGGAAUCUUAAUAAUGGUUUAGUUUCGAAUGAAAUCGUUGAUGUUGAUAAAUUUUCAGUUUAUAUUAAUUUUGAUAAUUCAAAUACUUCAUCAUCAUCAUCAUCAUCAUCAUCAAAUUCAUCAACACCACCACCACAAUUUUCAAAUAAUAAUAAUAACAGCUAUAACAACAGCUAUAACAAUAACAUUAAUAAUAAUGGAUUUGAUAAUAAUUUAAAAAGUAAACAAAAAGCAGUUGUAUUAUAUCCAGGUAAACCAAAAUCAAAUUUAAAUUUAGAUGUUUGGAAUUGGGGAUUAAAAGGUGAUAAUAGUUGUUAUUUUGGUUUAUUUCCAAGAGCAUGGACAGUUUAUGAAGAACCUCAUCCUGAUAUUAGAUUAACUUGUAAACAAGUUUCACCAGUCAUACCUCACAAUUAUCAAGAAUCUUCAUAUCCAUGUGGUGUUUAUGUUUGGAAAAUUGAAAAUAAUAAUCAAUAUUCAUCCGCUGAUGUUAGUUUAAUGUUAACUUGGCAAAAUAGUAUUGGUACUCAAUCUGAUCAAGAUGGUGGUCAUUUUAAUAAAUAUUUUACUUUUGGUGAUAAUGAUCAACAAUCACCAUCAUCAUCAUCAUCAUCAUCAUCUGGUAAUAAUAAAAAAAAUAUAAAAGGUAUUACUAUGAUUCAUAAAAAAGAACAAAAAUGUACAUUACCAAAUGGUAAUACAAAGGUAUUUAAUGAUCCAAUGGAAUAUUCAAUUGCAGUAAUGGAUGAACCAGAUGUUGAAAUUAGUUUUUGUGAAAGAUUUGAAACUACUAGUAGAUUGGAUGCUGCAAAUUUAUGGUAUACAUUCAAUAAGAAAGGUGAAUUGGAGAAUAAUAAAGAUUCUAGACCAUCAGCACCAAAGAAACCAAUUGGUGCCGCAGUUGCAGCAAAAGUUAAAGUUGCAGCAGGUUCAUCAAAAACAAUUGUUUUUUGUAUCUCAUGGGAUGCACCAAUCACUAGAUUCCAAAUGGGUAGUGCCUACUAUAAGAGAUAUACAAAAUUCUAUGGUAAUCAAGGUGGUAAUAGUCAACGUAUAGCUUAUGAUGCCAUUAAUAAUUGGAAACAUUGGGAUAAUCAAAUCAUUCAAUGGCAACAACCAAUUCUUUCAGAUCCAGAGUUACCAACAUUCUAUAAGAUGGCAUUAUUUAACGAACUAUAUUAUUUGGUUGAUGGUGGUACUGUUUGGACACAUGGAUCACCAAUUGAUCCGGUACCAUCACGUUACCCAACUAAAACUCAAUUGAAACAAGAGGAUACCACCGAUACGAACCAUAUUGGAAGAUUUGCUUAUUUGGAAAGUUUGGAAUAUUUAAUGUACAAUACUUAUGAUGUUAUGUUCUAUGCUAGUUUUGCAUUGACAAUGCUUUGGCCAUUGUUGGAGAUUAGUUUACAAUAUGAUAUUGCAGAUGCAACCCAAUUGGAUUAUGGUAUCAAUUGGGAGGGUAUUCAUUCAGGUCAUUUAAUGCCAAGAAAGAAACAAGGUACAGUACCACAUGAUCUUGGUAAUCCUGGUGAAGAUCCUUGGAAACGUGUAAAUUCCUAUUGUAUUCAAGAUGUUUCACGUUGGAAAGAUUUACCAUCGAAAUUUGUUCUUCAAGUUUAUAGGGAUUAUUUGGUGAUGGAAGAUAAGAAUUUCCUACUUCAAUGUUAUAAUGUAGUGGAGGGGGUAAUUCAACGUACUUUGGAACAUUUCGAUUUCGAUCAUGAUGGUGUGGUCGAUAAUGAGGGCUUUCCUGAUCAAACCUAUGAUGUUUGGCCAGCAACUGGUUGUAGUGCCUACAGUGGUGGACUUUGGUUGGCUGCAUUAAAAGUGGCAGCAGAGAUUGCCAAGAUUUUAGGUUUCAAUGAAGAUGAAUCCAUCUAUAAUGCAAUCUUUGAAAAGGGUUCCAAAUCUUUCACUAAAAAACUUUGGAAUGGUCAUUACUUUAAUUAUGAUUCAAGUAAAAGUGUUCACUCUGACUCAAUCAUGUCUGAUAUGUUAGCUGGUCAUUGGUAUCUACUAUCAUGUGGUUUGAAAUCAUAUAUGACAUUUGAUCAAGCCCUAUCCUCACUAUCAAUCAUUAAUGAAUACAAUGUCAAAUCUUAUAGUAAAGGAGUUUGUGGUGCUGUUAAUGGUAUGCGUCCAGAAGGUACAGUAGAUACAACUUGUUUACAAUCUAGUGAAGUUUGGAUUGGUACUUCAUUCUCUUUAGCAGCAACAAUGAUAUUACAUCAUAUGGAUUCUGAUGCAUGGGAUCUAGUAAAGGGUAUAGUUAAUUCAUCCUAUCAAAAAUGGGGUUUCCAAUAUCAAACACCAGAAGCAUGGGAUCAAAAUGGUUGUUUUAGAGCAGCUUCCUAUAUGAGACCACUUUCAAUUUGGUCAAUUCAAUGGGCAUUACAAAAAAGAAAAUAUUUUGAUUUUUAUGAUGAAUCUUUAAAAUCUCAACAAUCAAAUAUAAAUAAUGGUACUAAUAAUAAUAAUAAUAAUAAUAAUACUAAUAAUAAUAAUAAUAAUAAUAACAAUGGUUCAAAUUCUUUAUUAAAUUAG